AUGUGGCUUUCACCCCUUAGGCUGGCAAAGAUUGGCCCUAGCAAGGGCAGGGGCCCCCUGCUCACCAAAUUUGCGCCUGUUGGCUUCAAAAAGGGGUACGGAGCCGUGGGCCUAGGCAAACACACCAAAAAAGGCAUGUUCAUUAUCAACAAAAUGCUGAUUCCUACGUUUCAUGUGCCCCAAAUCAAUCCGGAGCUAAAGCCUUAUAUCUCACGAAACACACCCCUCCUUCGUGGAACCACUGCCUCAAUCCCUAGUGAUCCUAGUGAUUGA